AUGGAUGAGCCAAAUGUUGGGCAGGCUAUCACAUCUUUGAAAAAAGAGACAUGGUUGCUGAAAUACGGACGCAGAGGGAAGCCAAAGUUCUGCCCUUUUCGGCUAUCUAAUGAUGAGACAAUGCUAAUUUGGUAUGUUAAGAGGAAGGAGAAACAGCUGCGAUUGAGUAACGUAUCCAGGAUUAUGGCUGGACAACGCACUGCAAGUUUCCAAAGGUAUCCUCGGCCGGAUAAAGAAUAUCAAUCCUUUUCACUCAUUUAUCACAACAGAUCGUUGGAUGUGAUAUGCAAAGACAAGGAUGAAGCUGAUAAUUGGUUUGCUGCACUUAGGGCAUUAAUCUCAAGAAAUAACCGCCAAACUUGUGAUCGCGUCUCUUCAGAUAGUUCAAGUGUCACUACUCAAAAAACCUCUCUGCUAACUAAAUCAAACAGCAGCAGAGAUAUAGUCAGUGAUAUCUCAUCUAUGAUUUUUAUCGAAUAUGAAUCGGGGAACAACAGAAGUACUGGUCAUCGCUCAGUAAACAAACCCCAACGAAUAACACUUGGAAUUGCAUUCUCUGAUCCUCUAUUCCACUCAGAUUCAACUGCUCGUUUCCCUCAAAAGGAAAACAAAUAUGCUUCUGACCGUGGAGAUAGUUCUCAGUUAAGUUUAUCCAGUGCUGUAAGUUCACCUAGCCGCGAGUCGCUUCCAGAAGAUUAUGAUUCUUUGAAGGAUGUUUACAUAUGGGGAGAGGGAACCGGGGAUGGGUAUUUGGGUGGUGGUGUCCAUAGAAUUGGAAGCACUUGUUCCACCAGAACGAAUGCACUACUACCAAAGGCUUUGAAAUCAAUCACAGUUCUUGAUGUCAAGAAAAUAUCUUGUGGAAGUAGACAUGCAGUAUUAGUCACCGAAAGUGGGGAAAUCUAUAGUUGGGGUGAGGAAUCAGGUGGCAGGCUAGGUCAUGGAAUCGAAACUGAUGUGUCAGCCCCAAAGCUUAUCUACCUAAAUGGAUUAGAAAUUGAGUCAGUGGCAUGUGGAGAAAAUCACACUUGUGCUUUAACACAAAACGGAGAUCUUUAUACAUGGGGAGAUGGUAUUCACAACUUUGGUCUUCUUGGUCAUGUGAGUCCAGUCAGUCAUUGGACACCAAGAAAAGUUAGAGGUGCUAUAGAGGGUAUGCAUAUAUCGUAUAUAUCUUGUGGACCUUGGCAUACAGCAGCAAUUACGUCACACGGGCUGUUGUUUACGUUUGGAGAAGGAACCUUUGGAGCUUUAGGUCAUGGGGAUGCUAACAGCAUAUAUGUUCCUAAAGAGGUGGAAGCUCUUAAAGGGCUAAUUACUAAACAAGUUGCUUGUGGAGUUUGGCAUACUGCUGCUAUUGUAGAGAUUGAUUCUGAAACAUCGAGGAAACUUUUCACCUGGGGAAAUGGGGAUAACGGUCAGCUUGGACAUGGAAAUAAAGUUUCAACAUUCAUCCCUUCUUGUGUAGCUACUCUGAUUGAUAAAAACUUCUACCAGGUGGCAUGCGGGUCUAGUAUGACAGUUGCUCUAACUACCUCGGGGAUUGUAUAUACAAUGGGAGGUACUGGAAGUGGUGGUAAUCUUCCUUCGUGUGUUGAAGGUCUAAGAGAUAAAUACAUAAAAGAAAUAGCAUGUGGUUCUCAUCAUAUUGCAAUUUUAAAUUCAAAAUUCGAGGUUUACACAUGGGGAAAAGGCACACAUGGGCAAUUAGGGCAUGGUGACAAUAACGAAAGGGAAGUUCCUACACUAGUUGAAGCUUUAAGUGGAACAAAGGUGAAAAGUGUGGUAUGCGGAUCUAAUACCACUAUUGCAGUUUGUGUUCAGAAAUGUGUUACCACUGUUGAUCUUUCAAUGUGUUCUGGUUGUCAUGAACAGUUUAACUUUCACAGAAAACUUCACCACUGCUACAAUUGUGGGCUUGCUUUCUGUAAAGCGUGUAGCAGAAAGAAAUCGUCAAAAGCUUUGUUGGCUUCAGGUAUGGACAAAUCUUACCGUGUUUGUGACGGUUGUUAUAGUAAGAUCAAUAACGAUAUGGACUUGCAAACAACUUUUCAACCUCCAAAAGUUGACAAGGAAAAUAUUAGCUGCAACUCCUCUGGUUAUAAGCCACACAGACUACUGUCAAGGUUGUCUUUUGCUUCAUCAGAACAUUUAGAUGACUCUAGCCAGGAUCAUGCACUCUUGCAGCAUAGUGGAACCCUCAUGAGGGAAUAUGCACAUAUACCAAUUACAUCAAGUACAUCAUCAUCGACAUUUGGAUACACGGACCCAAUCUUGGCCUCACAUUCAGUUUCAGUAGUUGGUGGGCAAGAAGCAUCUCCAAUAUCUAUAACAUCUAGUCCGAAUCGCUUAGUAUCACUUUCAUCUGAUGUCGGCUCUCUUGCAUCUAAUGAAAUAAGAUCAAAUGACUACAAUAGAAAGAACAAAUUUCUGAUGCAAGAAAUGUCUACUUUGAGAGAACAGGUGGAGGUUCUUUCACACAAAGCUCGACUUCUAGAAGCUGAACUGGAACGAAGAUCAAGGCAAUUGAAAGAAGCAACUGAACAAGCAUGGGAUGAAGGAGAGAAGAACAAAGCCACAAAGGAAGCAAUAAAGUCCCUCACAAUGCAGUUGGAUGAGUUGGUCACCCGGACGGGUCAAGGAGCUUCUUCCAGCUGCAGAGUAUCAAGUGCAAAUUCUGGAAGCACUUUUGGCUUGGCGUCUGGAGCGUAUUGA